GCAAAGGUAGGCUCCAGCAGCACAGUGCGUCGGGCGGAGAGAUGGAGGCAGAGCUGGCCGGCUGUGAGCGCGUGUAAACCGGACAGGAGCGGAUCGGAUGAAGAGGGAAUAAAAGCCGUGUUUGAUCCUCAAUAGAAAAACACGCUCACGGCAAAAAACACAGGAUCCUCUCAGAGACACCAGCGUCAUGAAACCCGUCCUGCAUUGAGCCUCUCCUCGGUGGGUUGUCAUGGCCAAGUGAUGAACGGAGCGGUGGUGCCCGGUAGCCCGGAGCUCUCCUCCUCGUGCCCACUGCCAGACUGGCGAGAGUUCUGUGAGCUCCAUGCGCGAGCCUCCGCUGCAGACUUCGCGGACAAGUUCCAGCGCUUCCUGUCGGAGAAUCCGUGCUACGACUCGCCCGGCGCAGAUGCCAGCUUCUCACAGCACUUUGCCCACCACUUCCUGGAGUGCUUCUCGGCAGCGCUGACCCAGGCCCGGGAGAGCCAGGCAUCCUCGCCGGGGGAGGACGGCUCCAACGCAGCACCCAAGUACAGCAUCGUUCCUUUCCUGGGAAUCCAGGGCUGCCCGCUGUCCUACGGUCACGACCUUUACCAGAGACGCAAGGACGCCGGGGCUUCAAGUGAAUCCCUGGACAGCAUGGACAGUGGAGGGGGAGGGAUAGAUGGGGGAGGCAAUGGCACCACUGCCUCCCGAGGCCCCCAGCCAACCCACAAGGUGUCUGCUUUGGGACAGUCGCGCAGCUCAGAGGACGUGUCGGUCAGUCACCCAAAGGCUCGCUUCAAGAAGGGCUUCUCCCUGAGGAACAUGAGCCUCUGUGUGGUGGACGGGGUGAAAGAGAUGUGGCACAGACGGGCCUCCCCUGAACCCGAUGGUCCCUCUGGAGCCAGGAGGGCUAACGGGGGAGGAGUGGGAGGAGGAGGAGUAGGAGGAGGAGCAGCAGGAGGGGAGGCUGCAGGGGGAGAGAAAUGGUCCCAAAAGCUGCGGCUCCCCAGGGGUUCCCAGGGCCACAAGGCUGAGAUGCUGGAGAUCCAGAGGGAGGGAGCUCUGAGAUACAUGGUGGCUGAUGACACAAACUGUAUGGGCGCUGCACAGUGGCAGAAGUGCCGCCUGCUGCUGAGGAAGACGAAGAGGGAGGAAGGGAGUGAGAAGUUCCUGCUGGAGUUCUACGUACCACCCAAGUCCUCAAAGCCCAAAGUGAGCAUCCCUCUGUCAGCCAUCGUGGAGGUGAGGACCACCAUGCCGCUGGAGAUGCCUGACAAGGACAACACUUUUGUUCUUAAGGUGGAAAAUGGGGGAGAGUACAUCCUGGAAACCAUCGACUCGCUGCAGAAAAACUCCUGGGUUGCUGACAUCCAGGACUGCAUGGACCCGGGUGACAGCGGUGAUGACAUCGAGCUGGCGUCGUGUCCUCAUGGUCAGGCCUCCAAAGACUGCUCCAUGGUGGCCUCUUGCAGCUGUGAGCUGCUGUCUGAGGGUGUGUAUCGUGCUCCGGAGAGGCCGUGUCCUACCGCAGCAGAGCAUUACAGCGCCCCCUCAGUCCGUUGCAGGGAACCCCCCUUCACCCAGCACCCAUCCCACAUGCCUUUAGAGCGCUUCCUGCAGUCCCCAGAGGCCCAGGGCUCCAACUCCUCUGCAGGCGGCAGUGAAGGAGCGAAAGAGUCAGAUGGCGAUGCCAGCCUGGCAAGUUACCCAUGGUUCCAUGGUACACUGUCCCGCGUGCGUGCGGCUCAGUUGGUGCUUGCGGGCGGGGCCAGAAGCCACGGGCUCUUUGUGAUUCGUCAGAGCGAGACGCGGCCGGGCGAGUACGUCCUCACCUUCAACUUUCAGGGCAAAGCUAAGCAUCUGCGUUUGUCAGUGAACGAGAACGGGCAGUGCCACGUCCACCACUUGUGGUUCCACACCGUGUCGGACAUGUUGCGACACUUCCACGCCCACCCGAUCCCCCUCGAGUCUGGAGGCUCUGCUGACAUCACACUACGCUCCUAUGUACAAGUGCAGCGAAGCUCCACCACAGAUGUGACUGUGCCUCCAGUUCUCACCCCACCCAGGGAUGCAGGCUGCUGGACAGAUUCAGCCCAGCCAGCUCUCCACCCUCCUGGGAUCACAGCGCCUGCAGGUCCCCCUCCUGAUGCCCCGCUCUCCUCCAGCACCUCCUCCUCACCCACCGCUCUUCCCUCACUCUCCCGCAGUGACCCAGGUACUGGAGGAGGAGUAGGAGGAGGGUUACAGAGCCGGAGCAACAGCUCUGAGCGCCUGCUGGAGGCCUCUAGUGGCGGAUCUGACGACUACCACGACGCUGACGGGACUCGCAGGGCUCGGGCAGUGGAGAACCAGUACUCUUUCUACUGAGCGGCCCGGGGCAGGGUUCAGUAUUGGAGGUGACAUGUGACGCUCUGCUAAUGAUAAAAAAAAAACGGUCCAAAUCACUGGAACGCCCAUUAUUUAGUUUGUUUGUUUUUCUUUCAAGGCAGUUUCCUGUUUCUCUUAUAUGAGAAGGGGGGUGAGAUCAUGGCGAGCAGUGCGUCCACGCUGAUAAAUCCAUCAGGCCCUGCAGCUUCGUUUCAAACUCAGUUGUUGAGAAUGCGAGUGAGCAGAGAAGGCCUCAGUAAGAAACGGACAUGUGGGGAAGAUGAGUGGGCGGAGAAAACAAGAGGAAGUCGUCCAGUGGAGUCAUAUGGCUUCGAUUCAUCUCUUCUGACCACUUCCUGUUCACCCUUACCCACAGUUCCCUGGGAGCAGAGCCUGUGUCACCACCCCGCUGAACGAUUGAGAGUUUGAAAUGACCCUGAAGAAACAGUCCCUCCCCUCAGAGAUUCUCUGAGCUCCCGAGAGCAUCCUAUUAAUGUUUGUAAAGCUGCUUUGAGUCUGUCCCGGAUAUCCUAACUGCCCUUGCAGGGUUUCCCUACAAAUUCUGCUUUAACAUCGGCACAGCAAUCAUGGGUGUGUUAGUGUUAGCUCAGAGAUGUUUUUCUUUAACGGUGUACAGCCUAAAGGGUCUUAGUGCCUGACAAUUACCUUGGACUAGAAUGGACUGACAAGGAGGGUGGUGUUAACACCUCGCAUAAUCACAAAGGCCCAACAAGUGAAUGCAGGGGAUUACUUUACCGUCAUUUUCUGCUUAAAACACACUGAACAUGCAUAUCUUUGCGUACUGAAAUGGUUUCGUUCUCACAGUUUUAUUGGUGACUGUAACACACAUGUUAUGUUGUGUUAGAAAUCAGUGUAAAAGUGUUGAAAUGGAAGACGAACAACACAAGUUCAGUCUGUAUGAACAUGGCAGAGUGGCUCCCAUUUUGCUGUCAUACCAGACUAUUUCUAUGAGUGUGUGGUGGUGUAAUAGAGUCCAAAUAUUUUUCAAUGAUCGGUGUGCUACAGUAAUGUUUCUAAAACGUGGUUUUCGAGGUCCCUCCUUCUGGUGCUGGUUCUGUAUUCAAGCUUAUCAUAUCAAUAACCUGUAGAUUAGAUAUGCUGUUGCUAUAGUUCACUUUGAAGUAAUGCCUUGAAGAUAUUAGUAAACCAAAUCCAGCAUUAAGGCUAUCGGAGGGACUGGGGACUUGUUUCUUUGUAGAAAGGUGGCAGUAUUGUGCACCGUUUGUGCGGCCUGGUGUGGACUGGAACGGAACAGGCAGUGAGCUAAAGGGAACUCGAUGGCCAUGCUUGAAUGAGAAGAUGUGACAUUGCUGCUUUACUUUUUGCUGACAGAGUGCUGAGUUUAAGCUUUGUAAUUAAUUGAUGAUUCAAAACAAAAACAUCACAUCACCAAGUCAUAGUUGGACAUUUUCGGAAAUACACCUAUUCACUUCCUUGCCCAGAAUUAAUUUAGAAAAAUCAAUACCACUCACAUGUCUGUAAUAAAUAUGAUGCUCUACUGCUAGCAGAUGGUUAGCUUAUCUUAGCACAAAGACUGGAAACAGAGGGACCGUCUCCUCCACUGUGUGGGAGACGGUUCAGGGAGGCAGCAUGCUUAUUAAUGAGCUUUAGAUAUGCUAGUAGGAGGAUUUUAUCAUUUUUGUCUGAGUUGUCUUUGUGCUAAGCUAAAUUAGCAGGCUGCUAGCUGUAGAUUCACAUUUACUGUACAGGUAUCAUCCUUCUCAUAAGUCUUCUUCCCAAAAUGUCAAACCUUUACUUUAAAGCGUGGUAGGCACACCUGAAAAUAUGAACAGAAAAGCAUACUGUAUUUUAGACAUAUGCAACACUAUUGUUAAGUUGGAAUAAACAUAUCAAGAGUCAACGUCUGUCUCUUCAAGUGUGGCCAUUUAGCUUUAAAGGUGAAAUUUCAGUGUCAGUCGAGGAGCGGACGGAGCAGUUCAUGUGCCAAUUUGAAUCCUAUUUUUGAAACAUUUAUUCCUAAACCAUAAAUAAACUGUAAAUUACAUUUUUCCUAUCGAGUGUUAUUUAUGUACAAUUGAUCGAUUCUUCUUGAUGAAACAGCCUCAGUGGAACCCGUGUGUUGCAAGAGCCCAUAUCACAGAUUGCUCAUGCCUCCCUUUUAUUUUCUUAACACUUCUUAAAGCUAAACUUUCUGUUGUCUGACUGCGUUUUGAAGAGUCUGUGCAAUUUUGUACAAAGUGAUGUACUUGACAUACUACUUUAUAUUUCUGUGAAUAAAAUGUGAACAAAC